UCCUUGGCUUCUCUGUUUUCGCCCCUUUGAAGCAAAGCAAAGAGAACCCUAGCCCUAGGAUCCUUGCCGCCGCCGUCCACAGGUUCUCGGCGCCUCCACUUCUUCCUCUUCCCCCUGUCCGGAACCAGGUAGCUCGACUCGUCAUCCCCAUCUUCCCUGUCUUCUCUGUUCGUGGCUUGGAGCAGCUCACCGUUGGGUCGCCGCUUGCCGUCGCCUCGCCUAUCGUCGUCGUCUCGCCGGUUGCCAUCCGUGUCUCCGUCGAAGAAACGACGUUAAUAAUCUCCACUAACCACAACAAUAACAGGACACGUGUCAUCUCUUCAUUCCCUGGUCAAUCUUAAAACCUAGCCACCAGAGACACAAUUGCAUUGAGGGAAUGCACAUGGAGCCUCAACACCCAACAGCGGCGGUCCUCUUGUGUGAAGUGGUGGUGAUGGAGAUCCUCUCUUGGGUUCCUGCAAAGCCUCUCACGCGCCUCAAGCUUGUCUGCAAGUCAUGGAACUCUAUCAUCUCCGACCCUCACUUCGUCAAACUUCACCUUCACCGAUCACCAAAAAAUGCCAUCCUCCUCUUUACGCGAACACAACGGCUCACCCUCGACGAAAAAGCAAAAAGGGGCUUAGUGUUUAGUAGCGUUGAAUCUUUCAUCCAAAAUCCAUCAUCCACUCUUGAUGCUCAAGAGAAUCGCUACCCUCUACACGUACAAGACUGGGUUUUGGGUUCAUGCAACGGGUUGGUUUGUGUGGCCCAUAUUCUUGACCACCCCAAGAACGAUAUUUGCGAUAUCUGGUUGCGUUUAUUGAACCCUCUCACAGGGUUUAUUUCAGAGAACUCGCCGUGCUUACGUGUCAAUAUGCAUAAUGCUUUUGGGUUUGGGUAUGAUGAGUCAAGUGACAGUUACAAGGUACUGGCUAUCAUUUGGGAUUCUUCUGGAACAGUAAAUACGCAAGUUUAUAGCUUUGGUGGCAGUUCAUGGAAGAGGAUCAACAGUUUUCCUGCUUUUCCGUUUUCUUCUGAAGAUAAUGGCUACUUCAUCGGUGGCACUCUUAAUUGGCUAGCUCUCCGUAACCCGCAUGGAGCUGAUUAUGAUUGGGAUGCUGUUACACUUGAUAUGUUAAUGCUUGUUUCUUUUGACCUGAAAUCGGAUACAAGUAAACAGAUUCUGCUUCCAAAGGGUAUCGAUGAGAUCCCCCGUGAAGAGCCAACUCUGGGAGUUUGGGGAAAUAGCCUGUAUCUUCUUCAUGAUUACAAGAACACUCAUUUUAUUGCAUGGCAAAUGAAGGAGUUUGGAGAUGAAAAUUCUUGGACUAAAUUGCUAAAGAUUAGUUUUCACCAUCUCGGUGUUGAAAUGCUAUUUCCAGGAUUUAUAUUUGAGAAUGGAAAUGUCUUCAUGUUGAGAGGCAGGCAGCGUUCUGAGGAAGUUUUUUAUGACCGAAGAGAUAAUAGUGUUAAACGCGUUAAUAUCUUGUCCAACACUCAUUACCUCAAUGCAUUUGAUUAUGUUGAGAGCUUGGUUCAGCCUUGUUAAAAUUUGGUUCCUAUUCAAAGUUUUGCUUCUGCAGCUUUUUGUUCUGUCAGUAAAGUUCAGGGUCUGGAAAAUGUGACACCAAUGAUUACAAAGAUAGACCAGAAGAGUGCAAUAGAGCUUGAAUCAUAUGGCUUGGGUACAAGAAUGGUAAUUCCUACUAGUAGUAGUUAUAGUGAUUAGAUCUUAGCAUGUUGCAACCGAAAUGUUGAGAACUUUAGAUGAUACAACAUGUGUAGCAUGUUAUUGCAAGCAUAGGAAUGUAAGCAGUGAAGAUUAAGAACCAAAAUUUUAUAGAACUAGAAGCAGUUAUUAGGUGAUAUAUAUGUGUGGUAAUUCCUUUGCCAAUGUUAUUAGUUCCUUUAAAAUAUUUACUUGUUUUAAUGAUUUCCAUGGGUGCUAUCAUAUCUUAUGGUCAACUAGACAUUUUAUGACAAUAUCUUGUUAUAUUGAAGUCCAAGAGCAAUAUUUUCAAUCUUAGUAAUGAUGUUCUGUAUGACGAGAUAUCCAGUGUCGUGUGUGCAAAAGAUUAUGGUUAAUCCUUGGUUCUGGCUUGCAAUUAAGUUGCUUGUCAACGGUUGACUUCUAUGAAUUCUUCUGAAAUCAUGCAAGUGGUUUUAAACCCCUGCAUUUCAUUUAUGGAUACAGAAGAUCAGGGUGCCGUAAAUAUUUUUGGUGUUCCCUUAGUUUGACUAACUGUUGUUCCUGUUUAUUCAUCAUGCUAAUUUUGGUUCUAAAUAUGUUGUUGGGUGAAUUUAUUUUGAAUUUAUUCAAGAUAAUGUCAUGAAAAAGUGAGCUAGUAUUUGCAAAUUAUAAUAUAAUGAAGUUAGUUGUAAGUUAGGAUAUUGACACUGAAUCUGUUUUUGAUGUGAAUUGCAAUAUUAACACCCAAUAUGUUUAUCUGUU